GAAUAUUUUUUUUACGAUAUUUGUGAAAAUAAUAAAUAACAGCCAAAAUGUCGGACGAUGUGAUCAAACAUUCUGUUCAUACUUUGGUAUUCAGAUCUUUGAAGAGAUCUCACGAUAUGUUCCUUGCUAACCAAGGAAUGUUGCCUCCGAUAGAUGAAAAAGCUGAGAAAGUCCUGCGGACAGUGAAGGCGCGCGACAGCUACGGCCAAGUGAUGAGCGCCGUGCAGAAGGCACAAGCGAUAAAGCAGCAGGAGGUUCUCAGUCGCCCUGAGACUCCUAAUGAUACUGAAAUGGCAGAAGCAGCAGCACUGGGUUCCGAUGGAGCUAUGCUGCCGUACACCGGUCCUGCUCCGUCUCCAAGCCCAGCCCCUCCUUCCGGAGCAAUCACCCUACCACGCAAAGCCCCAACAAUGCCUAAGCCCAAGUGGCACGCGCCAUGGAAGCUCUUCCGUGUGAUAUCCGGACAUUUGGGCUGGGUGCGGUGUGUCACAGUCGAGCCGGGAAAUGAGUGGUUUGCUACUGGCGCAGCGGACAGGGUAAUAAAGAUCUGGGACCUCGCGAGCGGGAAGUUGAAGGUGUCUCUGACGGGGCACGUGAGCACGGUGCGGGGCCUCGAGGUGUCCUCGCGGCACCCCUACCUGUUCAGCUGCGGCGAGGAUCGACAGGUCAAGUGCUGGGAUCUCGAAUAUAAUAAGGUGAUCCGUCACUACCACGGGCACCUGUCGGCGGUGUACACGAUGUCGCUGCACCCCACCAUCGACGUGCUGGUCACGGCGGGCCGCGACGCCACGGCCCGCGUCUGGGACAUGCGCACCAAGGCCAACGUGCACACCCUCACCGGACACACCGACACCAUCGCCUCCCUCGCCUGCCAGGCCUCGGAACCACAGAUAAUAACAGGUUCGCACGACUCUACUAUCCGCCUAUGGGACUUGGCAGCGGGCAAAUCAAUAUGCACAUUGACAAAUCACAAGAAAUCAGUCAGAUCCAUAGUGGUACACCCCACGUUAUACACCUUCGCCUCAGCUUCUCCGGAUAACAUCAAGCAGUGGAAAUGCCCUGAGGGAAAGUUCAUACAGAAUCUCUCAGGGCAUAACGCGAUAGUCAAUUGUAUGGCGGUGAACCCUGAAGGUGUAUUGGUCAGCGGCGGAGAUAAUGGCACCAUGUAUUUCUGGGAUUGGCGGACUGGAUACAACUUCCAAAGAUUGCAGGCGGCAGUGCAGCCGGGGUCAAUGGACUCUGAGGCGGGCAUCUUCGCGAUGACGUACGACCAGUCGGGCUCCAGGCUCAUCACGACGGAGGCCGACAAGACCAUCAAGAUCUACCGCGAGGACGACACCGCCUCCGAGGAGACGCACCCCGUCAACUGGCGUCCGGAGAUACUCAAGCGGAGAAAGUUCUAGAACGUUCCAGUAAGACUAAAUGUUAGUAAUAAAGAUAUUUUUAAUAAUCGA